AUGAACUCAUUUCCCUCCCCUCAACCCUUGACUACACCUGGCUCAGAAAACACCUCUGCUUCGAGAGCUGCUCGAGCGCAGCCGACCGCGUGGGGUCUAUCCUCCCAACAGCCUCCUUCUCGCCGUGGCCUUGCACCUCUGUCCACGAACCUUACCUCCAAUUCUGCACUGGGCCCAUCCUUCCGUCGCGCAACAGCAUCCAAUAGCCCAGGCCCACAUAACCCGCCAGCCUCGCCGCUCGGUACAACCUUUUCCUCUGUUCUGACCUCUUCCAACCGGCUCGGUGCUAGUCGCAAUCCCUCUUCCGGCUCUUCUACCACUUCACCCUGGAGCCUCUUUCAAGCUGGCUCCCAACAGCCUUCCCCCUCACAACCUGGCCAAUCUCUCACAUCACCAAGAUCGAGAACCCUCACAUCCUCAUCACAUCUGGCGUCGAAUACAAAUUCGCUCAAUUCCUCACAGGGGGGCGGUGGAGGUAGUGGAGGUGGAGGUCCGACAAGCACUUCUCGAGGAGGAGGAACAUUUUCACCACCCUUAUCAGGAACAAAUAUAAGUUCCCCCACAGGAUUCGCUUCCGAGAAGCCCAACAACUUGGGGUCAGGGUCGGGCUCAUCCGUCGCUGGUCAAGCGUCGCUGUCUAAGAUAUCGGUUGCCCAGGUGCUACUGCUUCUAGACUCCAUUAGCGAAAAGGAAGGCAAACCGAAGUGGGACUCCAAAGCAGAUCAAAUUCGAAAGUUGGUUGAUUCAAACGGCAUGGAUGUGUUCUCAAAGUAUUUCCGUCGUCUUGUGUCUGGAAAUGCCUCGCAGAUCUUCCCCAGUUCCAGCACCAAAAGCUCUGAAAAUGCAGGAAACUACCCCAUACUGGUCGAGGAGAUGCGCAAGGUCAUUCGUGAUCCCAGCCAAGCAUUGAAAAUUGCAGAGUCGAUCGAUGGCUCGGACGGCGAUAUCUUCCGCGAUUUUGACCUCGUCACAUUUGUGGACCACUUUAAACUCGAUCCCAUUGCUCAGAGUACCCUCGGGUUCGCGUUCCGAAGAUGUGGUAGAAACGAUCUGAGAACGAAAGCUGACAGCCUGCUUAAACAAACAAGCGCAACCGUUUUGCAAAGUCUUGCACGACCCCAAGAUUCAAACAAAGAUGCUAGUCUGGUUGUCAUCCGACGAUUAAUCGAGAGCUUCGCCAUCACCUCUCCUAUCACCCUUAACGAAGAAGGAAAAAUUGCUCUUGACUGGGCCGUAAGACAACGCUUUUCAGUGAUGCAACAAGAAACUCCUGUAGAGGUCAACUCUGCCUUGCAGCUGUUGUGGAUUUCAACUGAAGCUCAGGAGGUGGUGAAGAGGUUGCACCACAAUGGAACAAGGAGUACAGCGUCUGUCGAGGCUGCUGAGGACCUUCUAACGUCGGUUGGCAUCGAGAAACUGUCCGAGGCAGAGGUUUCGAGUGCUCUGUUGUAUAUAGCCUUCACCUCUGAUUACCUUCACCACGACGCGGGCAACUUCCUCAGCGCCGUGAAGUCCAAGUUGAACAGCAGGAGCUUCACCUGGCAGCUUGUGCUUGAAGGGUUCGACCAAGGAGGCUAUCGCGUCACCUCAGAGCAGUUCCUCUUCCUUUUCCGUGCCCUUCUACCUAUCGCCCUGGAAGAUGAGGCGAUGGACCUACAACGCCUUUGGAGCGGCAAGUGGCAAGAAACAGAUACACAACUGUCAUUCCUGAAGGCAUUUUUGUUCACAUCAGCCGAGUCAUUCUCCUUCUGGGAAGCACCACGUUAUCGCCCAGCAUAUACUCUCGAACUUUUCGAAGGCGCCUCCGAGGAAGUAUUGUUGCGGGCGCGCGCUGGCCUGAUGAACCAAUAUUCCUCACUCGCAGCAGUCACGACUAUCUUUGAUUUAGCUUUGGUCGCAGAUGAUGUGUCGAUCAGUGUACCAGACAGGGACGAUAUCAUCGGCCAUUUCAUCCAGAACAACCUGGCUGUGUUCGUCGUGUCUGCGCUCAGCAUACCACAGCCAUGGACAAGCAAUCAGACCCUCUUUCUUUUCAAAUGCUUCCGGGUUUUCAUGUUGAAGCAAAAUAGUGACUACCCCUUCGCCCUUGAAGGCGCAUGGCGGCAGAGCCCCGAGUGGGUCUUCCAGCAACUGCACCAGCUCUUUGUCUAUGAUCCAAUGACGACCAACACAAUCUUCGAUCUUGCUCGGGAAUUCGGCUGGAUGGACUAUCUGCUGAAAUUCAUGGUACCACUGUCACUUGAUCUCGCAUGCAGGCUUCAUCGAGAAUCAGAACUGGACAUUGAGGAUUGGGUCAAAAAGAAGGGAGAGGGGCAUCCAGCAGAACACGUUGCUGCAACUCUGAAGCGCUUUCUCCAGAUCAAGGCAGAGGAUGAGACCAGAGUACAGCGACGGGAUCAGCCCGGACCAACAUCGGUGACAAUGGCGGUGAAGACGGUCUUUGCUUUGCUUAAUACACUGGAAGACUUUGUCAGCGACCCUGAAAUCUUGACUCCGAUUCAACAGAAGUGUGUUGCCACAUAUCCGCGUCUGAUCAACUACGGGGAAGGCUUCGACGAAAUCAUUGACCGGAAUGGUGAAGGUGGGAACGGUCUCUCUGAGGAUAUCGACAAGCAAAUGCAGGAACUUCUCGGGAAAAUGUAUCGUGAGGAAUUGUCGUUUCGAGAAGUACUGGAGCUGAUGCGGCGGUACAAAACGUCGCAAGAUCCUGCUGAGCAAGAUCUUUUUACAUGCAUCGUUCACGGACUUUUCGACGAAUAUAACUGCUACCACGAGUACCCUCCCGAGGCUCUGAUGAAGACUGCUGUUAUGUUUGGCGGCAUCAUCAAUUUCAGGCUGAUAUCUGGCAUACCACUCAAAGUUGGCCUGGGUCUCAUCCUUGAUGCGGCUAGGAACAGUCAAGCAGAUGAACCAAUGUACAAAUUCGGUGUGGAGGCCCUUGAACAGCUUACUGGCAGGCUUCCGGAAUGGGCUGGCGUAUGCAACAUUUUAGUCCAGAUCCCAACACUUCGCAGCACGACCAUCUACCAAAAAGCAGAGGAAGUCUUACGCGAGCAGGGACAUGACUUUGAUGCUGAAUCCGACCUCAACGGUGUCAAUGGACUGCCGGAUGCUCUAGCUCUUACUAACGGUAACCUCGAUGAGCUUCUUGCGCCUGAUAUGUCAGCGAACAACUUUCGUGCUCUCCACGCGGAUCCUCCUACGACCAGAUACGUAGAGCCAGAAGAAAGUGCACAAGAGGCUAUCUCAUUUGUGCUCAAUAACAUUUCACCAGACAACCUGGAGGAGAAACUCGAAGCUAUGGAAGAGGCCCUUAAAGAGGAGUAUUAUCAGUGGUUCGCAAGACAACUUGUCGAAAACCGAGCCAAAACUCAGCCAAACUACCAGCAGCUAUAUCUAGACAUUGUUGAGAAGCUCGAAAACCGACCUUUGAUGUCCGAGGUCCUGCGUACCACUUACGCCUGUGCCAUCAAACUGUUGAAUGCAGAUUCGACCAUAAGUUCGAGCCAGGAGAGAGCGCACCUGAAGAACAUUGGUGUCUGGCUUGGUCUGCUGACAAUUGCCAAAGAUAAGCCCAUCAAGCACAAGAACAUCUACUUUAGAGAUCUGCUCCUGGAGGCAUUUGACACGCAGCGGCUUGUAGUUGUCAUCCCGUUCACUUGCAAAGUACUAGUGCAGGGCGCAAACUCCACCGUCUUCAAGCCUCCGAAUCCGUGGCUCAUGGAUAUCGUUGCUUUGCUCAUGGAGCUCUAUCAUUACGCCGACCUGAAAUUGAACCUCAAGUUCGAGAUUGAAGUCUUAUGUAAAGAACUCAAAAUGGAUCCCAAGAAUCUAGAGCCGUCCACGAUGGUUCGAGAUCGCCCGAACCAGAUAGAAGAGGAACUGGCUGUCGCUCCAAAUAUGCCCGAUGGGCUUGACAUGUUCGAGGACUUAUCUUUGGCGAGCAUCAAUCGAACUGGUCGGAACGAGCGACUUUCGCCAACUGCCAUCAUGUCUGGUCUACCUCAGCUUGAGAAUCGGAUCAAGUAUCCCCCAUCGCAGGAGCCUGAAGCUGUGCGAACUAUUGUUAAUGAGGCCUUUACACAAGCUGUUGAGGAGAUCAUUGCGCCUGUGGUCGAGCGCUCAAUCACCAUUGCUUCCAUUUCAACCGCACAACUGAUUCAGAAGGAUUUUGCCUGCGAGAUUGACGACGAAAAGAUCCGCUCGGCAGCAAGACAGAUGGUUAAGGCUUUGGCCGGCAGCCUCGCGCUUGUGACAUGUAAAGAGCCACUGAGGAUGAGUAUCAGCAACUACAUUCGUCGACCACGAGUGGACGUUUCUGACCAGGGACUUUCAGAAGGCUUGACCAUUAUGUGUGUCAAUGACAAUCUGGACAUGGCUUGUGCUUUCGUAGAGCAAGCUGCCGAAGAACGUUCGAUCAUCGAGAUUGAGCGUUUCCUUGAGCCAGACCUCGAAGAGCGCAGACGCCACAAGGCUACCCGGCCCAACGAACCCUUUGUGGCUCGCAAUCUGAGCCGAUGGUCCAUGUUCAUUCCCGAACCAUAUCGUCAGGGAUCGCAAGGCCUCAAUGAGGCACAGCGGGAAGUUUACGAGAGCUUUGGUAGACAACCUCGUGCAAUUGUCGCCAACCACAUGCAGUCCGGUUCUGCGGACUCGACAGGUAGACAGCUGCCAGAUGUACUCCAGGAGCCUUUCACUACGAUGCCGAAUCUAUCCACGCCAGGUGAACAACCAGCUGUUCCGCACGCUUCGCAGAAUCAAGCGGAAGCUCGACUGAAUCUACCAGCCUUGCCGGCGCCGAACCCGCAGUCUCACAUGAACGGAUUUACGGAUACUGUUUCUCCACAAGAAAAGAUCCAGAACCUUAUGGAGGAGAUCCAGCUCGCCGCUCGGUCAGGUUCAGCAGAGAGCGUCAAAGACUUGUCUCCCGAAGAUUCUCUGUUGUCUAGCUUUCAGCAAGUUUUCCAGACUCUGACCACAUCAGCGCGUCCCAACGGCGAGAUCUUGGCACGUUUUGUGGCCGAAAAGAUCUGCACCUCGCUCUACAGCGAUGCUGAGAGCAAACUUGAGAUUGAGGUUCUAGCUUUGAUGCUUGCCAAGAUUUGCCAACUCUCAGAUUUAGUUUAUCGCGACGUCUUCCGCUGGAUGACCAACCAAGAGGAAAGUCAUAUCACCAAUGUCCCUGUCACGGUGGCCUUGAUCAAAGCAGGGUUGAUGGAAUUUUCCAGAAUCGAUACAAUACUGAGCAAGGCUAUCUUACAAAACAGUGACCACGCUCUCAAUCUUCUGUCAGACCUGCUCGAUCAACUCUUGUUCACCACUGAGCCAGUAGCGCUGCGCGCCGAUUUCACCUGCAGUCUUGAAGCCAUGAAUCAAUGGCUCGCUGAAGAACCAAGCCUCACUGUUGCCUCAGAGAUAACCCGAAAGCUACGCGAAACUGGCGUGCCGGAGACCAUCAACGGUGCCGUGUCUGAUGAGAUGUCAGCAAAGCAAGACCAACUAGAGUACAUCUUCAGUGAAUGGGUUCGCGUGUAUCAGAACUCAGCUACAUCCGACCGCACUUACGCAGCGUUUCUCAAGGAUAUGCACCAGAAGCAGGUCAUCAAUAAUCAGGGAGACUCAGCGGCGUUCUUUCGCUUCUGUAUCGACAUCUGUGUUGCUACUUUUGAACAGGAGGCGCUUAGUCCUGCAGGAAGCCUGAGUGAUGCCUAUCUUCAUACCGAUGCGUUGGGCAAACUCAUCAUUCUCUUGGUCAAGCUCCAAGGUGAAGCAAAUGGUGCAGUGAAGAUCAAAAAGGGUGGAUACUUGAACUCGAUCUUGUCGGUGGUGGUUCUCGUUCAAAACCAUCAUCAAGUCAUGCGUGGGGAUCGUUUCAAUCAGCGAGUAUUCUUCCGCCUCUUUUCCAGCCUCCUCUGCGAAUAUUCGCUUGAAAAUCUUCACGCCACACCAGAACACAAAGACAUGAUGCUAGUCCUUGCCGAGACCUUCCUGGCAUUGCAGCCUGCUCACUUCCCUGGCUUCGCUUAUGCAUGGAUGAACUUGGUAUCCCAUCGUGUUUUCAUGCCUGCUUUGCUCAAUCAAUCGGACGAAGCUGGCUGGGACAUGUACUGUCUCAUCGUGCAGACCAUGAUCCACUAUAUUGGUGAACAGCUCAAGCCAACGCGCUUCACCCCAAUCACUCAAGAUCUCUACAAGGGCGUCCUCAGAAUCCUGCUGAUCCUCCACCAUGACUUCCCUGAGUUUGUGACUGAGAAUCACUUCCGCCUGUGCAAUGCUAUUCCUGUCCAUUGCACGCAACUCCGAAAUCUGGUCCUUAGCGCGUGCCCUUCGUCGUUUCAAGAACUACCCGAUCCAUUCACAGGAGGCUUGAAGGUAGAUCGUCUGGAGGAGAUGAAGAAGCCGCCGGUCAUUGCUGGUGAUGUCAGGGCACCACUCGAGGAAGCGGGUUUGGACACAGUCGUUGAAGCUGGACUGCGCAAAGGUGGGGAUUUGGACACUGCCGUGUCGAAGAUAUGCGAAGUGAUCUAUGACCCCAGAGACAAGCACACUGGAGUUGAGUUUGUCACCAUCAAUGUUGACGUGCCGAUGAUGAAUGCUCUCGUGCUCUACGUUGGACAAGACGCUCUCAGUGUUAGCUCAGCUAGAUUUGACCCGGCUUCUCCCCACUUUCAGCUCUUCAGCAAGCUUGCGAAGGCGUUUUCUUCUGAGGCGCGGUAUCAUUUCUUCAACGCAAUGGCCAAUCAACUCCGUUACCCAAACAACCACACCAACUAUUUCUGCAACACGCUGCUGCAUAUUUUCGGCGUUGAGCGGGUUGAUCAGCAAGAGUCGGAUAUCCGUCAGCAAAUCGUGCGUGUCAUAUUAGAGAGGCUGAUUGUUAAUCGACCACAUCCAUGGGGCAUGCUCAUCACGUUGUUAGAACUGGACCGAAACACAGCAUACAAAUUUUGGGAGUUGCCAUUUAUUGCAGCUUCUCCUGAAAUCAAGCGCCUGUUUCAAACUCUCUCCAGCCAUGUCCACCAGACGCGUCCCACGAUUCUCGGCUGA